AUGGCGGACGACGCAGAGGACGAAGCCGCUUCAAGAGAAGAAAAUGUGCUUUACGACUUAACAAUCAAUGCAGAAUGGCCACAAGAACCUGAAACAAUAAGUAGAAAUGUAAAGGACAAGUCUCAAGUUUCUUUCCCUAGGAGACUUGCGUCAGCAGCUCAAAGAACAGCUUGGACAUUUCUUAGAACAAUAGGGAUUCCAACAAGGUCCUCUAGCCCUUGUUCACUUCCAGUUGGCUUGGUAAAGCUGAUCAACAGAAAGCUUCAAUGGCAAAUAGCAGUAUCCAGUGAUGGCCAACAAAUAGCAGUGUUGCAGGAUGCACUUAUAGAAAUAAGAACUGCCAGGGAUGCCUUCGACUCUGUGCUUGCCCGUUGUUCCAUAUCCAAGGACCCUCAUGUUCAGUGGCGCCGCCUGUGCUGGAGUAUGGAUGGCACCAUGCUGGCUUAUGCUGACAGUCUUGGGAAUUUGCAUUUAUUUGAUGAAAUGGGUGCAGAGUUGAUCUACAUUCCAUGUAAACUGCCAGUGAAUCCUAAGCUACCAGUAGAUUUGAGUAGGGCUGUUGCAGCAUUAAUCUUCACAGAUUAUGUUCCUACUUCAGAAUGGACAGCCCAGUUGAUUGUUGUUAAUUAUCAAGGCAGUCUAAGGAGUUUAUUAGUGAACGGUGACAGCAGUAAGUACAAGGAAGACCACACAUUCAGCUUCAGCCAUUAUUACCCACGAGGUGUGGGAACUGUGGUCUAUGACUCCUCUCACAAACUCCUGGUAGUUGGGGGCUGCUGCACUAUGGAUGAGGACAACCCCAGCUUGGCUGAGCAGCAAGGCAUCACCAGGUGGCGCAUUCUGUCAGGAGCACCUUACUAUAAGAUGGUCACAGACUAUGAACAAGAUAUAGCUAUGGCACAGAAGAAAAGAAAGUUUUUCAAGAAGCUGAAAAGUUUUCAGUUUUAUGGAUGGUAUGGUGAUAUUCAGGACAGUGUGUACAAGAUGUGCUUGUCUCCAGAUACUCAGCUUCUGGUCACUAUACACCAUUCUGGGCUCUUGUCACUCUGGGAAUACCCAUCUCUGAAGCUUAGGAGAAUGUGGCCCCUGGCAGAACAGCCUGGGAACGAAGAAAAGAAUCCAAUAAUUGUGGAGAAUUUGAGAUUCAAGAGAGUUUCUAAAGAUUCUACAGAACAGCCUAACUUGCUAGAUGUGAACUGGUGGAGUAAGGAAGCAUUGAUUCUGUCCCGCUGUAGUGGGGCUGUGACAGUGUCGUCUGCUAACACACUGAGGAAUCUGCUGGGGACAUCUCCAGAGUGGCUGGAGCCAUCACCUCAGGUUUCCAAGGCACAUGAUGGGGGGUUCUUGGGACUAGAGUGUGAGUGUAGGUACCAGUCACUGAAGCGCCGCCUGGUGGAUGAUGUGGCAGAGGUAGAUGAUGAGUAUGAAGACAGUGAAGAUGAGGAGGAUGCUACCAUUAUGACUAGAACUAAGAAGCUCAUAAAGGGAACAUUGUAUUAUGUCACAGACAAUGAGAGAUUUCAACCACCUAAGAAAAGACCCAAAAUCCUGUCAAGAACAUACAGACUGGUGUGUUUGAAGUCCACCACACCAGAAGAGCUGUACUCAAGAAAGAUUGAUAAUGAGGAGUAUGGAGAGGCCCUGGCCCUGGCUCAAGCAUAUGGUCUGGACUGUGACCUGGUGUAUCAGAGACAGUGGAGAAGAACUGAUGUGUCUGUGGCCUCCAUACAGGACUACCUGAGCAAGAUUAGCAAGAGAGCUUGGGUCUUGCAUGAGUGUUUGGAACGUGUUCCUCAAGACAUUGAUGCCAUGAAAGCAUUGCUGGAAUACGGACUGAGAGGAACAGAUUUAGAGGCACUUUUGGCUAUAGGAAAAGGCGAAGAUGGUGGAAGGUUCAUUUUGUGUGAUAGUGAUCACAUGUUACCACUGGAAGAAAGUUAUGAUGACAUAGAAACAGAGGAAAGGGUCAAACAAGAGGCUCAGAGAAAACGAAGAGAAGAAUUGCUGAAACAAGUAGAUUUUACAACUUUGAACUUGGAACAGAAAGAGCUUUGUCGAGCUCGCCUGAAGCUGUUGCAGUAUUUGUACCGCCUGAGUACUUAUGAAGAGAUUCUUGGGGGCCCACAUCAAGCUGAGCAGCAUUUUGAUUACACCUUCUUCCAGAAAUUCCGUAGUCAGAAUAUUGUUGAGAUAGCGGCUGACUAUGCUAGGGCUACUGAUAAAGAAUCUUUACAUAUCAUCUUGACCUAUCACGGAGUAGAUACCCUGCCACAUAGGUUGGCAAUUUUAUCCAAUUUCCCAGAGACGUCAUCACCUCAUGACUAUGCUGAGUUGUUGCCUGUGGUGAGUAAUGUCGAGGGAGAGCCAGAGGUGGAACAAUGGCCGCAGCAUGAAUGGAGGGAUCAAGACUGGGUAGAGUCAGAUGCAUGCAGACCCAACAUAGACCCUGUGCUAGAGGACCCAGGAGCUUUUCUAUAUGAAGACAAUCUGGACCUGGAAAGAUUCAGGGGAGAACAACUGACCAAGGGUCAGGUGAGAGACUGGUAUGCAUAUAGAGCUUGUGAGAUUGAAAGGUGGUCAAGACUGGUGGACAAUGCCCUGGAGAUGGUCAAUCAGGCCAUGGAGAGAAAUGUGGAGGGUUUGGAAAAUCUCCAUGAUGAUCUCAAAAACUUAGAGCUGUUGGUUUAUGAUGCCCAUGUGGAUGACAGUGUGACAUUUGACCAGUUCAAGAAGAUGACUGACAUUGAGAAACUGAGACUACUUAUGUCUAAGUCCUCAGAAGAAAUGUAUGAAAAGAACUUAAAGAAAUGGAUGCUGCCGUUUUUGAAGAGAUGUGAUAGACAAAAACCAGGCUCAACAAGAGAGUUGUUGGAAGAUUAUCUUGUCACUAUGGCGAAAGAUGAUCUCACUCUCUGCCAAAAAGUCUUCAGAAGUUCUAUGGCUCAUCAUGAGACCCCAAUCAUCUCAGAGGAUGAAGAACUUCUGACAGUGGCACUGAAGUGUAUCUACUCGUGUGAGAGAAGUGACCAACGGUUGCUAGCAGUUGGAAUCUUGGAAUGUUUGCCAGCAAGGGGCUCUGGUAAAUUGUCAAGUAAAAUGAACAAAAUUCACGAUGAAGUUGACAUGAUGGAGAGGGAUCUAAGUGCUGCAGAGAUCUUGGAAAGAAAUAACUUACCUAAAACCAUGUCAUAUAUCAAGUCCUCACAACAAGAUGUAGAGGAAACCAAGAAUCUUCUCACAAAGCUCACCAGAAUUGCAGGAAGAAAAACCCCUCGCCUAACAGAAAUAGAUUGGAAAAAACUUCUGCAGGAUGUACUUGAACUGCAGUCCAGAGUGUAUGGCUGUGUAAGCAGGGACACUUGUUAUGAGAUAUUCGUCGAGAGUCUGCUGUGUUCCAGUCACCAAGGCAACAUCCACCUGGCAGGCCAGUACCUGGAGAAGAGUGCCGAUGAACAUGCCUCCCCCAGGCCCAGUGCUCCACAGACCAUGUCCCAGUACAAGCUCCCAUACAAAACUGCCAUAGAGCUGGUCCUGCAGGCUGCCAGGGAGUACUUUGACUCCUCGGCUAGUUUGAGAGAUGAAUGCAUGGAUCUGGCUAGAUCUUGCCUAAGCCUAAUAGGGGACAGGCCACCCAGCAUUCAGGAGGAUUUAGACCUUAUUGCUGCCAUCGAUCUAUUGAAUGAUCUGGAAGUUGCUGCUUUACCUUUACAAGUGCGACUAUGUAAAGAGAGACUAGAGUUUGUAGAGAAAGCAAUUCAAAAGAAACCAACAACUUACAAGAAUUAUAACAAGUUACUGAAGCUGGGAUCAUUGUUGAGGGUAUCUGGGAGAGACAAGGCAGAAAAAGAGGGCCGAGUGUUGAGACUGGUGACACAGGCUGCUCUCAGGGACAAAGACUUCAAGCUAGCCCAUCAGUUAUGCCGUAGAAUGAUGGAGAGUGGGUAUGCUGCCAUAUGGACAGAGUGUAAAGCUCUGGCUGAGGCUGAAGAAUUUCAGGAUAUUAGUGCAAAAGCUGAGUUGCUGUCCUUUGCAGUAACUCACUGUUCAGCAGAUAUGAUAGAACCUAUCCUCAGAGCCAAGUGUCUGCUAGAAACCAAGAUAUUAUAUGAUACCAUUCAAACCCAAACGCACCAAGAAACAGAUUCCAACAAGGGUACCAAGGCAACAAACCACAGUCCGUUUUCGGCCAGAGGGGCCUUGCAACAAACUAGAGAGAUCCUGACCUCCACCAGUAAAACCACCAAGAGCCUCCUGACCACCUUCAGUGACAAGCAAUGGUGGAAAAGUACCCUGAAGAACCUUGACCCUCAGGGUGGGCCGAGCAGGGAGAUGGCACAGGAAGUCAGGAAUGCCAGGAUGGAAAAGCAAGGCUAUCAUCCGUUCUAUGAAGAUUGCAUUGAGAAUGGGCAUUGUGAUAUAAAUGCCUUCAAUUAUAAGCAGUUUAGCAUGCCAAAGGAUAACAAUCCAACAACGGAACUGAGUGAGAUAUUACUGAGGACUGCCAAGCUGGAGGAGACUUUGACAGAAGGAGCUGUUGUUAAAUCUUCAAGAGAAGUAUUGUUAAAACUUGCCAAGGAUGCCAUGUCAGAAGAUGCAGCAUUAGGCUUAGCCUAUUUAUUUGCUUUGUCAGAGAUCACUGAUGCUGACAAGUGUUUCACCAGCCUUCCCCAAACGGCCAUAUCUCUUCAACUGGCCACGUACUACUACGCCUUACAGACAUAUACCAAGGUCCAGCAGGCACAGGGGGACAUUGCUGACCAGAGUCCAGUUUACCACCAGCUGCCCAGUGAGGUGGUCAGUAACGCGGUCAAUUUUUUCAAUACAUACCAGGGAUCUGAGCCUCUUAAAGCUGAGGUGCAUGAGCUGGGAAAGAAGUUGAAGAGUUACAAUGAGCUGCUGGAGGAUUAUGUACAAGCUCAGACUUUGAAAGAACUUGGUAGAGGGGUUGAUGUAACUCGUUUUACAAAAGAUAAUGAGUACAAACAAGAGACAAUCCUAGGACUUGCUAUGUCACUUGAGCACAAUGUGUACCAGCUGGCAGUGUCUCUGGCACAGAAGUAUGACAUUCCAUUAUGGGAGGUGUACAUGACACACUUGGAAUUUCUUUUUACUGAUAGUGGACUAAGCACACAUGACCUAGAACAUGAAGUGCAGACAAAAAGCAUUCUUGCUGUUCUUGUGUCCAAACCUGUAGAGUUUCUUGAGAGAAUGCAGACAUAUGUGUACCCUAGUAUCAGGGGUUCAGAUCAUGCCAGGCUGCUGUGUUAUUACACUAUGCUCUCAGGGUGUAGUGGAGAGGAGGCCAUGACACCUGAAGUACACGUAAAGCUGUUGAAAAAGAUCAAGCCUGCCGCUCCAGGUCUUGAUUACAAGAAGUUAAUGGAUGGCAACCAGAAGCCCCUGGAGAUCAUCAAACCCAUUCUGACCAGUAGCAAUGUCCAUGUCAUUGCUAAACUGGCUGCAAAGAUCCCUAACCAGGCUGGUGGUUACCUGCAGCCCAGUGUUGUAUUUUGUGCCUGGGCCAUCAAGCUGUUCUGGGAGGGUGAUCAGAAUGCCAAGAAACUGCCCGAGAGUAAGGCAGAGUGGCUUCACAGGUAUGAGUCUUGCAGCCAGUAUCUUGAAAAGAUGUCACCAGAAGAUGCCAUAGAGUUCAUCUGUGGUAUUUCAUUUGUGGAAACUGCUGUGGAACAACUAUCAUUUGAAUGCAGGCAAGAAAUUGUGAGGAGGGGAUUAAAAUUUUGCCGACAGGAAGGAGGGAAGAAGAAAAAGAUGGAUGAUUCUGGGUGUGAAAUUACAUGGACAAAUGCCAUUGAUAGCAUGCAGGUGUUAUUAAACCACUUGGACCUGCUGACCACCGAGACUUUCACUGCACUAAGGCAGGCUGAGGAUGAGGAAAUACAGAGCUAUGCCAAGUUGUUUGAUCUUUCCAGAGGUGAUGAAGUUAAGCUUCAAGAAUUGCUGGUCAAGAUUCUGCUGGAUGGUCAGCCUAUUGAAAUGGUGGAAGAUUUGCUCGCUGUGACCAGUAUAGGCAACUGGACAGUCAACACAGCUGUAGUGGAAGCACUGGCAGUUAUUACUGAUUCUUACAGGAAUCCAGACACAGCCAAUGUUAUGCUAGAGGGGAAAGAGGGCCUGGAGGUGCUGAAGUCUUUAGUCGUUCAAGUCAGUGAACACCACAAACAUGGGGGAGAGCUUGUAAAUCCAGAGGAUAUUAUUAACCUCUUGCGUCCAUUUUGUGCAGAUGCAAUUGUUCCUGUGGAGCCAAGACUAGAUGUCCUGCAAAUACUGGAGCAAUGCUUUGAUUUGACUGAUAACGACCUAGUCCUAUUGGUGCUAUACAGAACUGAUGCCAUUGUAUCUACAGCUUGGGAAGACAAGAAGCUGACAGAGGCAGACAUUAACUGUGACAGUAGCAGACAGGAGUUGUUCAAUUCACUUCUGGGCUGCAGUGCAAACAUGGCACAAUAUCUGGCUCUCAGUAAAAUGCUCCGUGUGUGGCCCCUGCUCAGUAGCCUCAAAACCAGUUCAGAAGAUCCCGCCAACCAUCCUCUUGCCAAACUGUGCUGCGCUAUGGUGGAGUGUUGUAAUCAAGAAGGUGCUGAAGCAGUGUUGCGGAUAUGCAAGGAUACUAUAGCCAUUAUGCCACUUAGUGUGAAGUGUACACAGCAUGUUGUGGGCCACAUGUUGAACCAUGGUCACUGUUUGCCAGCUGUGAAACUGUGUUUGAUCACAGCAUAUCCAGAUAUGCAUUCAAAAGCAGUGGAGGAACUGAUUUCCAACCCACAGGUAUUUGAAGAUGAAGAACUUCUUAAUCUUCUCCUCAAGCAUAAUCUUACAUCAAAAAUAGUAAGUACCCCAUAUUAUUCCCUGGUGAUAACCUACCUUCUGUCCAAUCAGAACACGGAGAGUACAUCACCUGAUGGCAUGGAUGUUAAAUCAGUUGCUAGGCAACUCCAGGAGGCUGGUCACAUGGCAGAGGCUGGAUCUCUGCUGCUAAAGUACAGAGGUACGCACUCUGCUUUGAGGACUUUUGAGGCUGCUGUAGGGAUAGUGAAACAAUGGUUCAACAACUAAUUUUUUCGCCUUUUUGACUGACAAAACUUGAAGAUAUAAGUAAUGUCAAUCCUUAUUCAAAGAGAAGAAUUGAAAUUAUCUGCUGUUAAAGCUUAUAAAUUCAAGCAAUUGAAUGUGUUGACGACAAUUUCAUAUGUCACAUACUUUUAAGAAACUGGUCAACAGAAUAAACCUAAAAUAUAACUUUCAUGUUAAAUCCAAUGUGUGCUUCAGGAAAAUUUAUUUUGACCAUUUCCAAUUUUUGCUGAACAAUUUGAAUUCCGUUAAUCAUGGAUAAUGAAAAUGAAUAAUAAAUGGUGUGGUGAAAAGUGAAUUUUUGUUUUUUGCCUCUCUUUCUGGCUGCAA